AUGGUGUUUGCGGUGGAGGAAAUCAAUCGUAACAGCACCCUGCUACCAGGAGUGAAGCUGGGCUACCGUAUACUUGAUUCUUGUGGCCGAUACCCCUGGGCUCUGCAAGCUGCACUGUCGCUGAUCAGCUACUUGGCCAGCUGCCCCUGUCUGAGUGACAGGACAAAGUUCCCCAACUUCUUCAGAACAAUUCCCAGUGAUAUUUACCAGGCUCGGGCCAUGGCACGACUGGCUAUACGGUUCAGCUGGACCUGGACAGGAGCAGUGAUAGUAUUUCGGGAAGAGAUUAAGGAGAAAGGUGUUUGUCUGGAAUUCAUAGAGACUGUCCACAGAGAAACUAUUGACAGUGAUGCCAGACCCCACGCCCUUCACAGCCUUCUCUCCUGCCCUGAUGGAGACAGGCCUCCUGGAAACAACAGCUUCACUUGUUCCUCUCCCAAACACAUCAGACCCAAAGAUCUGUUGCAGCACUUGAGCAAAGUGAACGUCACCACACCACAAGGGGAAACGUUUCAUUUCCAAGGAGCUGAUAUUCCAGCAAAGUAUGACCUGGUGAACUGGCAGAAGAAGACUGAUGGGUCACUUAAACUUGUUUUGAUUGGUCAUGUGGACGGGUUUGACCUCCACCUCAAUGAGUCGGCUAUUGAGUGGAGCACAGGAACCAAUCAGGUGCCUGUUUCAGUGUGCAGUGAGAGCUGUCCUCCUGGUACUCGAAAGGCCAGCAGGAAAGGAGAACCUCUCUGCUGCUUUGACUGUAUCCCAUGUGCUGAAGGGGAGAUUAGUAAUAAAACUGGUUCUCUUCACUGUGAGCGUUGUCCCCCUGAGUUCUGGUCCAAUGCUGAACAAACUGCCUGUGUCCCUCGUCAGCUGGAUUUCCUUUCUUUUAAUGAAACUUUGGGCAUCACUCUGACUACAGCAGCUGUGUCUGGUGCUGCUGUGACAACAGCUGUGUUUGUGGUCUUUCUUUACUAUCGUCAGACACCUAUGGUCAUCAUCUGUGCCACAUGGUUGUCCCUCAGUCCUCCGGUGCCUCAACGUGAUCUGUGUUUCCAAGGGUCAAAGGUCACCCUGGAGUGUGCCAUGGCCUCUGUGGUGGGCUUCUCUCUGGUUCUGGGCUACAUUGGCCUGCUGGCCUGCACCUGCCUCCUCUUGGCCUUUCCUGCUCGAAAACUCCCAGACAACUUCAACGAGGCCAAACUGAUCACCUUCAGCAUGUUGAUAUUCUGUGCUGUCUGGGUGGCCUUUGUUCCUGCUUACGGUUGCAGGGGGGCUGGAGCUCGGGGAAGGUCCCUCUCAUCCCCAGCAGAACUGCGCUCCAGCGCACAAAGCAAGAUCCGCAAAGACAUGGCCUCAACCCCAUUGAACAGUCCUGGGACAAACUGGAAUGGAGACUGCAAAGGAGGCUCUGGGAUGGGCAGUGGGUUCUCCACAGUGCUGAGGAGAAGGACCUUCAUGAUGUUGGGCAGUGAAGUUUGGGUGCUAGGCAGAGGUGAGGCUAUAGAGCUGGGCAGCCAUGAAUCUGGAGAGCUGGGCAGCUGA